AUUCUGUGAUCUGGUGAUCUCAGCUGGAUCCUCCACUCCAAGGGAAGGAGCUCGAGGGGCUGGGAGAGGAGCUGUGCUUUGGGGAGCCUGGGGGCUGUGGCCACAGCUUUCCUGCACAUCAGAGGAGCCUCACACCGGAAAAACAGCAGCUGAACGUUCAGGUAAGGGAUAACAGCAAGGAAAAUAAAAUAAGAGAGUGAGAGAACAGCAGGAGAAAAAAUUCUUAGCUGCAAAAUUCUCAGUAACACUCCUGAAUAUCAGCUCAGUGCAGCCCCAAAUCCUGAGGCACUGGGAAGAGCCAGCUCGGAGCAUCCCCAGGCAGUGCCCAGGGUUUGAUUUAUUCCUGGCAGCAGACAGUGCUCCUACUCCUGCUCUGCUCCUUCUCCUGCUCCUGCUGCUGCUGGGCACGGCAGCCCCGGCUCCCCUGCAGCCCCAGAGGGGCAGCUGCUCCUGCUCUGCUCCUUCUCCUGCUGCUGCCCCUGCUGCUGCUUCUCUUGCUGCUGCUUCUGCUCCAUCUCCUGCUUCUGCUGCUGCUCCUGCUCUGCUCCUGCCCCUACUCUGAUCCUGCUCUGCUCCUGCGCUUCACCUUCUCCUGCUGCUCCUGCUCUUCUCCUGCUGCUGCUGUUGCUCCAGCUCCUGCUCCAGCUCCCGCUCCUGCUGUUGCUGCUCCUGUCCUGAUCCUGCAGCUGCUCCUUCUCCUGCUCUGCUCCUGCUCCUUCUCUGCCCCUGCUCUGCUCCUUCUCCUGCUGCUCCUGCUCUGCCCCUGCUGUUGUUGCUGCUCCUGCUCCAGCUCUGCUGCUGCUCAUUCUCCUGCUCCAGCUCUGCUGCUGCUCAUUCUCCUGCUCCUCUCCUGCUGUUGCUGCUGCUCCUCCUCCAGCGGAGCGCUGCGGCCCCAGCGGGCAGCCAGGGGGGCUCCGGGGGCUGGCUGUGGCCCAGCCCAGCGCCGGGCUCUGAUCCGCGGGGAUUUCCUCGCUCCGCACCGAGCACCGAGCCCAGCCGCUCCCGCAGCCUCCCUCGCACCCCGCGGCUCCCGGAGCGCUGCCCGCAGCGCCAGCGGCUGCCCCCGAGCCGAUGCCACCGGUGCCCAAUGGAGCAGACCCCGAGGUGCCGCGCAUGGAUCCCAGGGUUCUCAUCUUCCUCCUCUACGUGAUGAUCCUGCACGAGCUGGUGAGCGGCUGGAUGGAGUACCAAAAGCAGAUGGCCAAGCCCAAGAAGCAGGCGGGUCCCGUGUGGUCCUCCAGCAGCAGCAGCAGCAGCCCCAGGACAGCCCCGUGCAGUUUCUCCCGGCCCCUGGUGCACUCAGCGCGCCGGGAGCGCUGCCGCGACUGGAGGAAGCCGGGCAGGAUCAUCCGCAAAGCCUGAGCGGGAUCCGGGGGCCGUGGGGAGGCUGCAGAGCCUCAGACAGCCCCCCCAGGGGCUGCAGCACCUCCACAGGGACAGCAUCCAUCCAUCCUGCAGGGAUCUGCUGAGGGCAAGGAACCCCUUCCUCAGGGAUUCAUCCCUGCCCGCGGAGGAGCCACCAGGAGCAGGGGAUGGCCUGAGCUGGGACAGCGGUUCUGUCACCCAUCACCACCAAGGGACUUUGCUGUCUUCUCCCCCAAGGGCUGAGUGGAUGGAGAGCAGAUUUCCCAGGGGAAAAGUGGGAUUUGCUCCUGCAUGGGCAGCCCCGGGAAGGCUCCCAGUGGUUUCAGGCUCCUCUUCUCCAUCUCCAGGACUGCCGCAGCAUUUCCCAAAGCGGCUGGAAAACCUUCAGUGCCCAGUUUGUCACCAAUCCCAGGAGGAUCUGCCUCCCCUGGGACACCCAGAAGUGACUUUGGGAAUGCUGGCUCCCCUGGGACACCCAGGAGUCACAGCCCUUUGGGAAUGCCCCCUGUUAGCCUCAUGCACCAAGAGCCUGCCAGUUAUUCUCUGCUUUUCCUCACCUUCGCUAAAUGAGUUGCUCCAGGGAAGAGGAGGGAAAAUGUCCUGAGCCAGUGACUCAGAGUUAUGUCAUCAAAUGCAAUUUACUGCAAUGGCCUUGUAAUUAGCAUUUUUGGAGCCUUCCCAGCAGCUGAGGCAAAUAAAUGUGAGAGCCACUUUCUAAUGAGCAGAUAGGUGGGGAAGGAAUACAAUCCUGCUCUUUAGACUCUGCUGUUCAGGCAUAAAAUCAGAUUUUAGAGGCAAAAGUCAGCAGCCCACAGAGCUGGAAUUGUGGAGCAUGGAAGGAUUCUGAGAUUCUGACACUGGGCUCCAACAGCAGCUGCCCAUGGCAAAACUGCUCCUUAUUUGCUGAACAUAAUGUUUGGCUCAAACACAGCCUGUUUUCCUCGUUGCCAGCCAUUUGUGAGCCUGACUCAGGCUCCCAGACACAUUAUCCAGAAGCAGAUAGGAAGGGGAAUAGGAAUAGAUUAUGCAUUCAUUACCCAAAAGUAGCCACCAGAUACAUUUGCACAUUUGUCUGCUGCUCAGUUGUUUGCAAAUGGUUCCUGGUGGCUGAUGCUGUGUUUGUUCAGUCACACAGGGCUGGGAGUUCCCAAUCCUCUCCCCCAGGCAGGCUGGAUCAGUGACCUGGAUGUAAAUCUCUGCUUUCACCUAGAGGAGAUGAAGUUUCCACCUAGAAGUUCAUGCCUUGUGUGGAGAUGGUUUUGAUAAAGGAGGCAAAAAUAGCUGUGAACAGUUUCUGCACAUUUCAAAGCAUAAACUCUGUGAAAUUGUAUUUUAAAAAUGUGAAAUUCAGCAUAAAAACUGAAAUUGUGCCUCAGCUCUGGGACACUGUCCUGACCCAUGCAGGUACCAGUGACAGCAGCAGAUGGAGAUGUCAGGAGGGAAAAUGCUCAGGAAAUGUUCUGUGUGCUGGGGGAGUUUGCUUCCCUGGAGCUGGGUGUGUCUGGGGGAUGUUCUCCCUGCUCUUCUGCCAGAGCCCGGGUGAGUUUGGGAGCUCUGGCUGUGGAAAAAGGCUUUGGAUGAAUUCCUGCAGUGGGGCAGGGUAGGGACCAUGCUGGGCUCCCAGCCUCAGCAGGACAGACAGACUGACAGAGAUGCACCUUUAGGAAGGGUGAAGGGCCAGGACUGCCUUGCCCUGAUGAUCACAUGCUGGAUUUAUCCCUGUAAAUAUAAAAUUGUUUACU